AGCAGUUAGUCGUCUUCACCGCAUUACGCUCUCACCGCACUAACAGAUCUGACGUAUCAUGUGGAAAUAUAUAUUAUUAUUCUAUUUGAAUAGUGUUUACUGCGAUUACAAGUAUGAGACGAAACAUUUCAAAGUGCCCCUGGACCAUUUCGGCUUUCAAAGGAACGAAACCUUCAAUAUAAAGUAUUUGGUGAAUGACGAACAUUGGGACAGCGGGUCGGGACCUAUCUUCUUUUAUACUGGAAAUGAGGGACAAAUUGAAUUAUUUGCGAAGCACACCGGCUUCAUGUGGGAGAUCGCAGCUGACUAUCACGCCAAAAUUGUUUUUGCUGAACACAGAUACUAUGGAACAUCAAUGCCAUUCAACAAAUCACUUGAUAACGACCACAUUGGUUACCUGACCUCCGCCCAAGCACUUGCCGAUUAUGCUGAUUUGAUCAACUUCUUGCAGGGAGGUUCACUGCAUCCCAAAUCACCUGUUAUUGCCUUUGGAGGUUCCUACGGCGGCAUGCUAGCAGCGUACUUCAGGAUGAAGUACCCUCACAUAGUCGCGGGGGCAAUCGCAGCAUCAGCACCGAUUCACAUGUACCCCGGCAUGGUGCCUUGCGACGUGUUCCAUAGAAUCGUUACCUCCAGCUUCAAGAUUGCUAACGAGAAAUGCGUGGACAAUAUACGACAUUCCUGGGCUACUGUUAGAAAAUUUGCAGCAGCAACGAAUACAAGCGAAUGGUUACACAAGAAAUGGAACCUCUGUGACCCAAUCAAAGAUGGAAAAGACACUGAUAUGCUCGUCGAAUUCCUCCAGUCCAUGUACGAGACUCUAGCGAUGGUGAACUAUCCUUUCGCCUCGGAUUUCCUCGUGUCCUUACCAGCUCAGCCUGUGAGGACAGUCUGCCAGUAUUUGAGUGAAACGUUGACUGGAGAGAAGUUGUUGGAAGGAAUAGGCAAAGUUUUGGAAGUGUUCACAAAUUAUGACGGCAAGAGUUCUUGCGUUGAUUACAAG